AACCGCACCGACUCCUUCGCCUCCCUCAGCACCUGCGCUGGGCUGAUUGGCUACAUCCAGGUCGGGUCAGAACACCUGCUAAUACAACCAGUUAAUAUCUCGGAAACCUCGUUCAGCGGAAAAGAGCACUUCAUCCGGCGCAAACGGUCCUCAAAAUCCAGCCCUCCCGUGAGGUUGCGGGGUCCCGAUGAACACUGCAGAGUCGUAUCUGAGAAGAAGAGGCAAAAGAAGAUCAAAUCAGUAAAUGACUGGAGAGAGCGAAGAAAUGCCAUUCGACUCACCAAUGAGUAUACGGUAGAGACCCUGGUAGUGGCUGAUGCCAACAUGGUCCAAUACCAUGGUGCUGAGGCAGCUCAAAGAUUCAUCCUCACAGUUAUGAACAUGGUGUACAACAUGUUUCAACAUCAGAGUCUUGGAAUUAAAGUCAGCAUUCGGGUGACAAAGCUAGUCCUCCUUCGAAACCGUCCAGCAAAACUGUCCAUUGGGCACCAUGGAGAGAGGUCGCUGGAGAGCUUUUGCCACUGGCAAAAUGAAGAAUACGGUGGAGCCAAGUAUCUUGGUAAUAAUCAGGUUCCUGGCGCCAGGGAUGACACCCCACCUGUGGAUGCUGCCGUCUUCGUUACCAGGACAGAUUUCUGCGUACACAAGGAUGAACCCUGUGACACUGUGGGGAUUGCUUACCUGGGAGGCGUAUGCAGUGCCAAGAGAAAGUGUGUUCUUGCAGAAGACAACGGUCUCAAUCUGGCGUUUACCAUUGCUCAUGAGCUUGGGCACAACAUGGGGAUGAGCCAUGAUGACGACCAUUUAGCCUGUGCAGGGAGGUCACACAUCAUGUCCGGAGAGUGGGUGAAGGGUAGGAAUCCCAGUGACCUUUCUUGGUCUUCCUGCAGCCGUGACGACCUUGAAAACUUCCUCAAGUCCAAGGUCAGCACCUGCUUGCUGGUUACCGACCCCCGAAGCCAGUACGUGGUGCGGCUUCCUCACAAGCUGCCGGGGAUGCACUACAGCGCAGAUGAGCAGUGCCAGAUCCUCUUUGGGACCAACGCCACUUUCUGUAAGAACAUGGAGCAUUUGAUGUGUGCUGGGCUCUGGUGUCUGGUGGAAGGAGAUACAUCUUGUAAAACCAAGCUGGACCCACCUCUGGAUGGCACCGAAUGUGGCGCAGACAAGUGGUGCCGAGCUGGGGAAUGCGUCAGCAAGACUCCCAUCCCCGAGCACGUGGACGGAGACUGGAGCGUGUGGAGCCAAUGGAGCAUGUGCAGCAGGACGUGUGGCACUGGCGUCCGGUUCAGACAGCGCAAGUGUGACAAUCCCCCCCCAGGGCCGGGAGGCAAGAACUGCCGCGGGGCGAGUGUGGAGCACACCGUGUGUGAAAAUUUGCCCUGUCCUAAAGGCGUGCCCAGCUUCAGGGACCAGCAGUGCCAGUCUCACGAGAGAUACAGCGCGAAGAAGAAAAGCCUCUUGACAGCUGUCAUUGUGGAUGAUAAGCCGUGUGAACUUUUCUGCUCUCCGCUGGGAAAGGAGUCCCCCGUGCUGGUGGCCGACAGGGUUCUGGACGGCACGCCCUGCGGGCCUUACGAGACAGACCUCUGCGUUCAUGGCAAGUGCCAGAAAAUCGGCUGCGAUGGGAUCAUCGGUUCAGCCGCCAAAGAGGAUCGCUGUGGGAUCUGCAGCGGCGAUGGCAAAACCUGCAAAGUGGUGAAAGGCGAUUUCAAUCACACCAAGGGAAUGGGUUAUAUCGAAGCAGCUGUGAUCCCCGCGGGUGCUCGCCGGAUCCGAGUGGUGGAGGAUAAACCUGCUCACAGCUUUCUGGCUUUAAAAGAUUCCAGUAAGAGAUCCAUUAACAGCGACUGGAAAAUUGAGCUUCCCGGCGAGUUUCAGAUCGCAGGCACCACCGUCCGCUACGUCCGAAGGGGGCUGUGGGAGAAAAUCUCUGCCAAAGGACCAACUAAAAUACCACUGCAUUUGAUGGUGCUGUUAUUCCACGACCAAAAUUACGGAAUUCAUUACGAGUACACCAUCCCCGUAAACUACACCGCCGAAAACGGGAGCGAACCCGAAAAGCAGCCGGAUUCAUUGUACAUCUGGACGCACAGCGGCUGGGAAGGAUGCAGCGUGCAGUGUGGCGGAGGUGAGCGGAAAACCAUCGUGUCCUGCACGAGAAUUGUUAACAAGACCAUGACACUGGUGAAUGACAGCGAGUGCCAGCGUGCAACUCGCCCGGAGCCCCAGAUCAGGAAGUGUAACACGCACCCCUGCCAGUCACGAUGGGUGACCGGCCACUGGAGCCCCUGCUCGGCCACCUGUGAGAAAGGCAUCCAGCACCGGGAAGUGACUUGUGUGUACCAGUUGCAGAACGGCACCUACGUCAACACCAGAGACCUCUACUGCCUUGGCCACAAACCAGCAACGAUUCAGAGCUGCGAGGGCCGCGACUGCCUUUCUAUCUGGGAGGCAUCGGAGUGGUCCAAGUGCUCGGCAGACUGCGGCAAGGGCAUCCAGAAGAGAACAGUAACGUGCACAAAUUCGCAAGGAAAAUGCGACGCAGCCACCAGGCCGAGGGACGUGGAGGAGUGCGAAGAUCACACAGGCUGCUACGAAUGGAAAACAGGAGACUGGUCUAAGUGCUCCUCCACCUGUGGAAAAGGCCUCCAGUCACGCGUGGUGCAGUGCAUGCACAAAGUCACCGGCCGCCACGGCAAUGAGUGCCCGGUCCUGUCCAAGCCAGCAGCCUACAGGCAGUGCCAUCAAGAAGCCUGCAACGAGAAGAUAAAUGUCAACACAAUUACCUCGCCCCGACUUGCUGCUCUCACGUAUAAGUGUACAGGGGACCAGUGGACGGUGUACUGCAGGGUGAUCCGCGAGAAGAACCUGUGCCAGGACAUGAGGUGGUAUCAACGCUGUUGCCAGACUUGCAGAGACUUUUAUGCAAACAAGAUGCAGCAGAAGAGUUAAUGAAUCGGUGGUACUUCUUAGGGUAUUACAGCUGUGUGUAUGUAAAUCAUGGACUAGUAGGUCUGAGUACUGGAACUUAAUGAAUUGCUACAGUGCGGUGGAUUCCAAAGCAUACCUAAUAAGACUUGAAACUAAUUCUGCAGACUGGAUGUACCAAAGUAAUCCACUCCUCCACCUUACAAACACGAACAAAGAGUCAUCUCAAGGAGCCAAUCAUGUAGAAUGAUAUUGUGUUUGGCAGCAUCACCUUCUUCAUUCAUGCUUUUUACUUUAAUAUAUUAAUUACUAGCCACUGGAUGGCUUGCUACCGUUAAAAAAAGGACAAGAGUUGCAAAGUGAUUGAACUGACCAAGGUUGUGUGCGCCUCAGUCAGGGGGAAGCCUCUGGCAAAUAAUUUAGCAAAGGUAUAGACAUUACUUAAUGCUUCAGUCUUGGCUUCCCUUCCAGCUGAUGUUCUUAAUUCCCAACAGUUACGGUGCUAUGGGGUGGGCUCGGAGAGACACACAUAAAUGAAAUGCUUAAUUUAACAAAGGGGAUUUGCUAUAAAAGCUUGUGAAAACUGAUAGCAGAGGAUGGGCGUCUCUGAGAUUUCUGCAGCAAGCUCAGUGCUAUUGUAUCCAACACUCCAGUUAGUAGACUUUUUUCUUUAAGCAAUCAUACUAAUGGGGGAUUUUUUAUCCUCUCCAGUUCUGGACGCACAUCUUCUCUCUCUCUGUCUCCCUCCCUCCCUCUGUGUCUCAUUCUCAAAAUGCAUUUUCUUUCCUGGCCCAUUUCUUCCAUUUCUCUGAGCUUAAAAGAGACUAGAAACUUAUUAACCCGGCAUCAAAAAGUGAGAAACAUCUGGGAGUAGCCAGAAACCAUUUUCACUCGUAGGGUUUAUUGGGGCGCACUCUCUUGUUUCAUCUCCUCUUUCCAACCGUUAGAAAUCAAUCCGAUAAGGAGGCCGAAUGUCGUUUCUUAAGGGCACUGUGAAACUGUGUUAGGAUGUAUCAGAAGUAGAGACUGGGACAAUAUUUGCAUGGAGUUACACUAGAAACCCAAAACAGGUCUUUCCCACCUGUGGGCUCUGCAUCGUUGUUAUGUUAUAAAGCCUUUGGGAGACAAAUAUAAGAGGCAGCAGUUAGCAAGUACGUGGACUGAAAUCCCAUCUUACUGAAAGCCAACACUUGUGUGGCCUUCACGUGGGCCAAGAGUUUGCUCUUUGUGUCUAAAUGCUUCUUGUUUCAUCUGGGGUGUUAUUGGGCUUGUCUUAUCAGGGCAGCUGGCAAGUGCUGUGUAAAUAAUCCUUGACACAUCUCAGUUCUUCCCUGAGAUGCAAGAUAGGAACAGGAGCUGCCAACAAGGCAGCAUUUGUCCCUCUCAUGUGUCUUUGCAGAUCAGUGCAUCUCUGUAAGUCAGACCUGGACCCUGUCCCCUGCCAGGCCGCGUGGCCACCUGUGUUGUGCUUAGUUACACUCUUGCUCACUGUGCUAUUAACACAAAUUUUGCAUGAAUUACAGCUUUGUGCUUGCUCUAGCCCCCUACAUUCAUAUUUACUUACUUGGAGAUUCAAGCACAGUUCUCAUCACAAACACUGGGGAAGCCUGGGUCCAGAUAUCAAUGUUGUGACCCUCCACCUCUCUUUCCUGAUGUCAUUUGUAUUAUUAUUAUCGCUACUAUUUCCUUGCAUUAAUGUGAUGAGAGAUGCCCUUGGCAACCAACAUUUUUAAAACCGCUUUUUCUCCCAGGUUCAGGGUCUUUCAGUAUCCAGGAUAUAAUUGAGACCUCUUGUUACCACUUGGAGCUAAACUUUCUAAAUGGGAACCUCACAUUCACCUGCACACUGGUAACCACGCGUGCAUCCUCAGUCACCCAGGCAAAACGUGUACUUGCUUGUGCAGACGGGCACUUGUGCGCAGAAGUGCUGAUCUGCAUGCAUAAAGCCAUACUUGCAUGCACAGCAACCUCUCAGCAGGCACUCGGUGCUAACAAACCUACUUGCCCCAUUUCUGUGUCAGGGAAAUGAUUCAGUCUUGUUAGAGCAGACACUCCUCUUGCCGCAGUUACAGUCAGAAUCAAACCUUCCCAUUGGACAUUCACCCUCAGGCCUAAGUUCAGCGGUGGCAUAGAUGGGCGUAUGAAGGGUCUGUCCACACCACUGCAGGCAAGGUGUCCCAGCCAGGACUUCGCUGGCAUGGCAGUCCCACUUGCUCCCACUCUUCUCCUCUAGGCCCAGAAAUGCACCAGCAAGGCUGCUCCCGGGUUAUCCCAGCAGCUGCUCUCGGGCACACCAGAGACUGAGGUCUCAAAAGUGAAGAUGCCCUGGGGCACCGGCAUAUUUCCAGGUUGGGAGCAGGUGGGAGUGGGGAGAUGUCAGCUGGGGCGCUCAGCCACUGAGGUGUGGACCUGCUCUAUGUUACCCAUUGCUCUAAGAAGCAAUCAUCAAAGGAUGAAGCUGAUGCUUGAGGCAAAAGAUGUAGCAGAAAGCUACAACGAUGGCCUAAAAAACUGCUCACCGUACAGACAGUCUAGCCUAUCAUUACAUGUAAAUUAUAUUCCAUUACGCCGACCAGCCGGCACGCAUCCCUUGGGCCGCCAUUUAUUUCACCUCCUGUCUUAGCCACCGUUUGCAAAGGGAUUUGUGUCCUUGUUAGGUUAUUUUUUUUUAGGGUAAUCCUUCAGCUCAUGCUGUGGCAUUGCGCUAUGAGAUGCUGCACCCUGGCGCUCCGUUUUUGGGAUGCCAGCGUUGCAAGUGAUACUUGUCAUAGCCUUUUCCAUAAGACCGUUCUGUUCUCUUCCCAAUGCUACAGAAUGGGUUUCUGAAGCAGUGGGAGCGUUUUCACCUCAUCAGCACGCUCCGCGGGCGGUGGAGCGACUCACCCUCGGUUCAGAGUGCUUUUUGAGUCCAGCCCAAGUUUGCAUCUAUCAAACGGGACGUGAGUGCGCCGCUGUAACAUAGAGAUUUCUUUUGAAUGUCUGAGCACUGAAAACAGUGUCGCGGCUCUGGAAAGGUUCGUAGGCUAAUUUGUGCCUUUUUUUUUUUUUAAGCAGAACCCCUCAUCGUGUACAAAUGGAUGGCAUAACAAGAUGGACCCAAUUGGUUAAAUUUUCUCGUUUGAUCUCCUGAUGAGCCUAAAUCCCCUUCCGUUUUACAAUGGCCAAAAACUUUGACAAAUAUAUUCAAUUCUGGUCAAAACCCCUGCACUUCUGCUUUGUACCGUUUCGUAGGAGCUUUGACUAUGAAUCUACAGCGAUGCCCUGUCCCCAGUUACUACAUACCAGUGAAAAGAAAGCUGGUUCAGCAUAGCUAUGCCAAUCCUUUUUUUUUAUUCGGUGGUUGUUCACAAGAGAUUGAUGCUCUUUGAUUACAAUGGUGGUGUUUCCAUAUUGUAACCAAUACUCUCUGUACUGUUUCUAAAGUACUGUACAUUACUAGUUGCACAAUUGUGUUAUUGAGUGUAGAUUCUCACUAUCUUAUGUAUGGUGCUAUUUUUUUUUUAUUGGUGAAAAAAGAAUCUUAGCAGUCAAUUAUUGCUUGAUAUUUUAUUAUAAUACAGGGAUAUAUCCUCCAUGGCAAUCAUAUCAUUUAAGUUUUUCAUUACAAAGUGAAAUGUAUAUAUUUUUCCAUUAGUUAAUUUACAUAUGUACUGUAUCCAUGAUAAUAUUUUUUUUUUUUUUUUUUUUUGGU